CAUCAAUUAAUAUUCCUAAUUUAAAAUUAGGUGUAUCAUGAGUGUACUAUAAAAGACAAUAUUAAUCGAUAUGGCACAAUCUAAUUUAAGCGAUAUAGACGAAUAUGGGUUUGAGAGACACGAAGACUUCGAUUAUAAUAGUUAUGAGGACUUCAUCUCGGCGUAUUUGAAAGUUUUGGCCUCAAGAGCACAAAAAUGGGGUGUGCUACUUGGUGAAGGAAAGUCGGUCAAACGUAAUAAUACAGUGAAGCGAUAUGUUCGCAAGGGUAUUCCUAGUGGACAUCGCCCAUCAAUAUGGAUGGCUAUAUCAGAAGCACAAAAAAUGAAAGAUGUUUCCCCCGAUUUAUAUCAUAAAAUAUUAAAUAGUCCUUUUGAGAAGGAGCUAGUGGACCUUGUGAAGACUGACCUGCCCCGCACUUUUCCCGACAACAUAUAUUUCACAAAGGAGGCCAAUCACCAAUCACAUCUGUUUAAUAUCCUCAUAGCAUAUGCACACAGUAACAGGGUGGUGGGCUAUUGCCAAGGCCUAAAUUAUAUUGCUGGCCUACUUUUUUUAGCAACAAAAAAUGAAGAAACCUCAUUUUGGUUACUCAAAGUUCUGGUGGAGAAGAUUCUUCCAGACUACUACACCAAAACAAUGGAUGGUCUCAUUGUUGACAUUGAAGUGUUAUCAGAACUAGUCAAAUCUAAAGUACCCGAUGUACAUCAACAUGUGAUAAAUCUGGGUCUCCCCUGGGCAGUAAUAACCACCAAGUGGUUUGUAUGCCUGUUUGCAGAAGUCUUACCUAUAGAGACAGUUCUCAGGAUUUGGGACUGCCUUUUUUACGAGGGCUCCAAAAUUCUAUUCAGAGUUUGUUUGACACUAAUAAAGUCGAACCAAGCAACUAUAUUGGCCUGCAAUGACUUCACAACACUUGCGGAAUGUUUUAAGGCUAUUGUGAAAAAUACCAGUGCGUUACAUUGUCACGAAUUUAUGCAGUCAAUUUUCAAAGUACCUGGAACACUAUCAAACACGACAAUAGUCAAACUGAGAGCCCGCUUUGCCAAACAACGCCGGGAACAGCAGCAGAAGGAGCCGCGAUGAAUUAAUCUACAGUAAAAUCCAAGGAAGAUUUGAUUGAUCUCAUUCUUGUUGGAACAAGAAAAUUAAUAAAACAAGAAACAACCAAAUUGUUAUUUUGUUAACAAUUAUUUAUACUUAUUAUAUAUAUCAUAUGCUAAAAUGAAGAAGUGACUAUGUAACUUAUGUAGCACAACAGAAUCAUUUAACUUUGAAUAGUGUUAGGGUCUCAACUAGAAACAUUGAGGGUGACAUAGUAAUAACAGUGUAAUUCAAUAAUUUAUUUGAUGUUGUGCAAUAAAUGUUUGUAAUGUAUUGUAUUUCAGUAGUGUACUUGUAAUACAAGCUCAAUCCAAUUCCAACAGUAGCAUGUGUUAGUAUUAAUCUCAAACAUGUGUAUCUUAUAGUAAAUUCUUAAAAGAACUUAUAAUUAAAUAUUUCUUGCUUGUGUGUACUGAUGCACAAAUAAGUAUUCUAAAUUUUAAAAUAUUUUAUUAUAAUUUAUUUAUUACGAUCAACAGUUACAUAACGUAUAAUACAGGAGAAACAAAUAUGGAAGACUGCCAUAAAAAGAGCUAUGCCAUCAUAAAAUGAUAUUAAAACGGAACAAUAAGUAAUAUAAUUGAUUAGAAUUUUAAGAAUUUUCGAAAUAAAAAGUUUAUAUAAAACCCUUACAUUGCCAGUGAAAAAAUGAAAUGAUUCACUACCUCUUCUCACCCGAGAUAUCAAAAAACAAAUAUUCUGGUGCAAUUAAGAGUAUAUUUAUGUAAUAAAAUGCGGGAAAUCCCUCUCUUCUUUGGAGACACCGGCCGCCAUCCGGACGAUAACUAAUUGUUAUAAUGAUUCCAUAUAUGAUUAGGAAAUAUAACAUUGUGUCACACGUCAUAGCCUUAUCUUAAUUUUCUGGCUAAUCAAUAUGAUACUCUGACACUAUUCAUAUUUUAUUAUAUUUUGCAUUUGGUAUGAAAAGUGCCUAAAGUAUAUAAUUUGAGGUACUAUGCAUAGAAAAUUUACACAUUUGCAAAAGAUCACGUGAAACUUACU